AAUUUAUCUUUGAAGAAGUAGAGUUCGUAAUAAAAUUUAAUUUAAUUAUCCUUCAUCCAUAAAACAAAAAAAAAUGACAUCAACAAAGCUCAACGUCAACGAUCCCGAAUUCGUAGACAAAAUCAUUUACGAGGUGAAGAGUGAAGGUCAUUUUGAUACCUUUCGCAAAGAAUGUCUGGCUGAUGUUGAUACACAACCAGCUUAUCAGAAUUUACAUUCAAGAGUCGAAGAUUCAGUUCAAAAGUUUUUAAAUCGUCAAGUAUGGACUCCAGAAACAAAUAAAAACCGCUUACGCGAAGAUAUGAGAUAUAAUAUCAUUCGUGCUGGAUAUUUGGAAACUGGUGUCACACGAAUUGUGGAUCAAGUUGUUGCGCAGAAAAUGGAUUACAUCAAAUCUAAGGUUGAAGAAAUUCUUUAUCAAUACGUGGGAAUAGAUAAACCAAUAAAAAAAGAGAAAGAUUCAAAUGGGGCUCUUGAAGUCGAAACUGAUCUUCUGCCCACAGAUUUAGAGCAAGUAAGUCCAGACUCUGAUAAGAAAUCAGAUGAUAUUGACGAACAAGAGUCAAAAGAAGAAGAAAUUGAAGAGGAGAUUGUCGAAGAUGAAGAUUUUGAGUCACCUGCAUUCGAACCAAUUGAAGCAAUCAUAACAGAAAAAAACGAUUCGAAUCUUUCAGGAAUUUCGGGACUCACAUCACAAGAUUCAGCAGGUACAAAGAAUCAGGAAACAGAGAAUCAGGAUCAAUCACAAGAAAGAAGCAUUGAGCAAAUGACGGCAGAAUGUGAAGUCAGUAAAGAAAUUGAAGAACCGCACACUCCAAUACCGGGCGUUGAUGAUGAUGAAGAUAAAGCAGAAGAAGAAACUGCAACAAUUCCAACAGAAUCGAUUGGAAAGGAAGAAAUUAAAGUAAAAGAGGAGACAGAAAAAUCGCAAUUUGAUUUACAGAAGGAAAGUAUUGAAUUCACUGGGACGGAAAGAAAAUCAAUGAUUAUCGAAGAUGCCAAGGAAGAUUCAAAUAAUUCUGAUGAAAUUUUUGUUGCUAAAGAGAAGUCUCCCGAAAAAGCUUUGCAACCACAAGAUGUUCCUAGCAACACAAUGGAAAUCGAUAAUCUUUAUGAAAAUGACACAACAGAUUCAAGUGAAAUGCGGAUGGAAAUCGAUUUGAAAGAUGAUACGACACAAGAAACAGGAGGAUCAGCAUCAAAAGUUGAAGAAAGCUCUCAGGAUUCAACAGUUCCUAAAGAGACACAAACGACCGAAGAGAAGAGAGAAUCGCAUCAUCAUCACAAACGAAACAAAUCUAAAGAACGACAUAAAUCAUCUUCCCACUCACAUAAAUCAAGUAGACAUCAUCACAGCAGCUCUUCAAAAUCGCGUCAUGAUGACAAGCAUAAAAGUAAAAGCAGCAGUCAUAAAUCGAGUAGUAGCAGCAAUCAUAAGAAAAGUUCAAGUGAAAAAGAGAGAAGUUCAAGUAGUCGAAGAGAUGAUAGACACGACAAAGAUAAGAAGUCGUCAAAACAUCGCGAACAUAAAACAAUCGACGAUCAUCAUCAAGAAAAAACUUCUCGUCGAAGACGAUCCACUGACAAUGAUUCUAAUGAUGGAAAAGGUGGACAAGGAAAGUCAGGAAAUUCAGGUGAAAAUAUUUCACCAUCACAAUCGAAAACAGAAAGUAAUUCACAAUCAGCUGUUGAUCAAAGUGAAUCGAAUCAAGUAUCAAAUGACAACAAGCCAUUGAUUGUUGAUAAAAUGCUUAGUGAAAAUUGUGAGAUGUCUUUAGAACAGAAAACAUCUUCGAAGAAAGAACAAAAGUCUUCGAUUUUAGUUAAAUAUGAUUACUUGAAGCCAUCGUCAAUGAAAACUCUUUCGACUGAUGAAGAAAUUGACGAGGAUUGUCUUGGAUUUGUUCCUGAAAAUCUUCCUGAUAAUCAUUGGUUUGAAAGUUUUCGGUAUGAAGCAGCAAAAAAACCAGUGAAACGAUUGAAAAGCAACAAAAACAAUCAUGUCGAUCAAAAAAAAAUCGAAGAAGCUUUAAAUCUUAAAAUUCCGAAAAGAUUAAAGUCGAAGACAUUAGAUUCGCCAGAUUCAUCGGCUGGAUUAAUGAAUGGAAAUGAUGAAACAUCAGAAUCUCGCGCUCAAUUGAUUGCACAGCAACAACGUUAUCCAACUGAAGACCUUUAUAAACCAAGAUUUGAUUUCGGUAAUCGAAGUCGAAGGCGAGGCCAAGUUACCGAAGAAAAUUCAGAAGACUCAAAGGAAGAGAAGAAACCAGUUGAGAUCGUCCCAAGCUAGCUUAUAGAUAAACCAUUUUUCCAAUCAAAUCUUUUAUGAAAUUUUUUGGAUAGUUAAUAAAAAUAUUUCGGAUUUAUAACAAAACAAAAGA